AUGUUCAAUAUUCGUCGUCCAUUUAAGUUACUUAAUUUAAGUAUUGACACUCCUAAAUGUCGUAGUCAUUCUAUUAAAUUAUCAAAUACUAUUUAUUCUUCUUCAAAAAUAAGUGAAGAAGAACGUUUAUUAUUUGAGAAUACAUAAUUGCAGUUUUAGAUUCAUCAAAAAGAAGAAGAAAUAAAAAUGUAUAAAAUUAAAUUGAAUUAAUGUUAAGUAAACUUAAUUCUUUAAUUUGAUAGCCUAAAAUAGGCUUGAAUAUUGAUAAUGCUUAAUAAAAAUAGAAUGUUAAAAAAUUAUAAAUCUAUAUUAAAUAAUUAGAAUUGGAUUUAUUGCAAAAAAGUAAAACUAUUGAAGAUUUAAAAAAAUAAAUGAGUUUAACCAAAUUUCAAGAACUUUAAGUAAUUUAAGUCUUUAUUAUAGAUUGAAGCUCUUGCAUUUUAAUAGGAAUGUUAAAAAUUGAUGAAACAAUUUUCAAAAUUAAAUAAAUUGUUGAAUUAUAAGAAUAAUGGAAUAGAUCUAUUUGAAUUAUAUGAAAAUUUAGAAAACUAAAUUAAAAACUUAGAAAAUGUUAAUAAAACAUAGGUUUCUGUCAUCCAUCAAUUGCAAGAUGAAUAAUAAAAGUAUAAAAAUCAAAUUGAGUAAUUAGAAUUAGAAAAUAAAAAUUUAUAAAGGGAAAAUAGGAAGGUUUUAUAGAUUUUAAAUUAAAAUAAUACACCAAACUAAACUAAAUUACUUAAUAGAAAUUAAUUUUUGCUUGAAGAUUAAGAAAUAUCUUAAUUAAAAGCUAAAAUUACAUAUCUAUAAAAUUAAAUGACUAAAUAAUAGAAUUAAAAAGAAAAGUAUAUACAAAAUUUACUAUCAAUUAUUAUGGAUAAAGAAGAUUAAAUUUAAGCAUAUGAAAAAUAAAAAAUUAUUAUCAAAGAAGUAUCCAAACCUGAUCAAUAAACCUUAGAUUCAAAAUAUUAAUAAUGUAUAUAGCAUAUUAAAUCUGAAUAUUCAAUUUAUGAAGAUAUCUUAAUAGAUAUACCUCCUCAACUUAGUUUGAUUAAAUAAAUUAGUAUGAGAAAAAAAUAAAAUGCCUCAGAUUUGCAAAAAUCUUAAUAUUUAGAAUUAAAUAGUUAAAUUGAUGAAGAACCAUAUUCAAGAAAUCUUGAUUAAGAUGAUUCAAUUGUUGAAAAUGAAUAUCGAACAAAGAAAUUACCAAAAAUAAAUACUUAUGAAGUUUAAAUAAUUGGAAGAAAACUUAAAUUUGAAUUAUAAACAAAACUAAUUCCUCUUAAUUAUUUAGAUUAAAUAUUUGAUUGUACUGACUAAGAAUACUAGGAUAUUACUGUCGAGGAAAUAAUCCUAAUACUUAGUGCAGAACCCUUUAUGAUGGUUGAUGAAAAAGAAAGACUACUUGUGGCUAGAUAUCUAAUUGAAGAUAAUACAUAAGACUAUGUUUUACAUAAUCUUUUGAAUUCUAAUUCAAUAACUAUAAUAAAGAGUGUAUUUAAAUAACUAUUGGGAAAAUAUCAAUUAUUUUCAAAACAGGAAAAAUAGAAUAUUGAGUAAUAACUCAAGGACAUAUUUUUAAGAUUUUAAUACAAAAUUCUUGAUUCUCUUUAGCAACAGUGUAAUGUUAAAAACAACAAUUAAAAAGUAAAAGAAUGUAGUUUAGCUGAUUUUGAAGCCAUUCUGAAAUCUUGUGAAAUAGCCUUACUGCCAAGACAGAUGGAAUACUUAAAUUUAAUUAAUUUUUCUUUCUGUAAAUAAAUAGAAAUACUACAUUACUCUGAAUUGCUUGAUUAUUUUUGUAAUGUUAAAUCUUUAUGA